CCAAAACAGACAUUUGCUCCAACAUUGGGCAAAACCCUAGCUUCGUUAUAAUCCUCAUAGUUUCCCACUCGCACUCGCUUUUCGGAAACCCUAGCUCCCUCAUCCCAAACGAGCCAACCAUGCCGCCGAAGUUUGACCCCUCACAGGUCGUCGACGUCUAUGUUCGAGUGACCGGCGGCGAGGUUGGUGCGGCGAGUUCUCUGGCCCCGAAGAUCGGGCCGCUCGGGCUCUCCCCCAAGAAGAUCGGAGAAGACAUAGCGAAGGAGACUGCCAAGGACUGGAAGGGCCUCCGCGUCACGGUCAAGCUCACGGUCCAGAACCGUCAGGCCAAGGUCUCGGUGGUGCCGUCCGCCGCCGCCCUCGUCAUCAAGGCGCUCAAGGAGCCCGAGCGCGACCGCAAGAAGACCAAAAACAUUAAACACAGCGGGAACAUCUCCCUAGAUGACGUUAUCGAGAUCGCCAAGGUCAUGAAGCCCAGGUCCAUGGCCAAGGACCUCUCCGGCACAGUCAAGGAGAUCCUUGGCACAUGCGUGUCCGUUGGUUGUACGGUCGACGGGAAAGACCCAAAGGACUUGCAGCAGGAGAUAGCCGACGGUGACGUCGAAAUCCCUCAGGAUUGAGCUCCCCAGUGAGAAGUUUCAUUUUUUUUUUCAAUUUUAAAUAGAAUUUUAAUUUUUGGAUAAUCUGGGGAUUUUGAAGUUGUGAUUUACUAUUUCGAGGUAAUUAUAUGAUUUGGAGGGAUUUUAGGAGCUAAUUUAAUGAUCCUGAUGGAAUUAUGAUAUCUAGGGUUUGGAUGGUACGUUUCAUUCA